CGUACACAGUGAAAUCAGUUGGUUUCCACCGUGGAGGCCUCUCGAAAAUUGCACCAAAGUUUUUAGCAAGCGUUCGUCCCUUCCUUCGCGUGCCGUAACCGUCGGAAUAGGAACCACAGCCAUGGACUACAACAUGAUGGAGCCAGACGUUGACUGGGAUGAGUAUAUGACUCAAGAGGAUGAGUGGGACCGAGAUAGUUUAUUAGAUCCAGCUUGGGAGAGACAGCAAAAGAAGACCUUUACAGCAUGGUGCAAUUCCCACUUAAGAAAAGCUGGCACUGCCAUAGAAGACAUGGAAGAAGAUUUCCGGAAUGGACUCAAGCUAAUGUUACUUUUAGAGGUGAUAUCCGGUGAAAGACUCCCUAAACCAGACAGAGGGAAAAUGAGGUUCCACAAGAUUGCAAAUGUGAACAAAGCUUUGGAAUUUAUUGAGAGAAAAGGCGUGAAACUGAUAUCCAUUGGUGCUGAAGAAAUUGUGGAUGGUAAUCUGAAGAUGACAUUGGGUAUGAUCUGGACUAUCAUUCUGAGAUUUGCAAUCCAGGACAUAUCUGUUGAAGAAUUGUCAGCAAAAGAGGGUUUAUUGCUGUGGUGUCAAAGAAAGACGGCUCCUUACAAAAAUGUCAAUGUUCAAAACUUCCAUAUCAGUUUCAAAGAUGGUUUGGCAUUUUGUGCCCUGAUCCAUAGACAUCGUCCUGAUCUGAUAGACUACCAUUCACUAAAGAAGGAUGAUCCUCUGACCAACUUGAACACUGCCUUUGAUGUGGCUGAAAAAUAUCUGGAUAUUCCAAGGAUGUUGGACCCAGAAGAAAUUAUUAACACUCCAAAACCUGAUGAGAAAUCCAUUAUGACAUACGUUUCAUCUUAUUACCAUGCGUUUGCUGGUGCCCAAAAGGCUGAAACCGCUGCAGGUCGUAUCUGCAAGGUGCUGAGAGUCAAUCAAGAUAACGAACGUCUCAUGGAAGAAUAUGAGAGAUUGGCCAGUGAUCUUUUGGAGUGGAUUCGUCGUACCACCCCCUGGCUAGAAGACAGAACUACAGACAAUACACUGCCCGGGAUUCAGGAUAAACUACAGGAAUUCCGUGACUACCGCCGCCAUCAUAAACCCCCAAGAGUUGAAGAGAAAGGAAAGCUGGAGACCAAUUUCAAUACACUACAAACUAAACUACGUCUCAGCAACAGACCUGCAUAUCUUCCCACAGAUGGUAAAAUGGUUUCGGAUAUCGCUAAAGCAUGGAAGGGACUGGAAUUAGUUGAGAAGGGAUUUGAAGAGUGGCUGCUGGCAGAAAUGAGAAGACUUGAACGCUUGGAUCACUUGGCUCAGAAAUUCCGACAUAAAUGUAAUAUUCAUGAAGAGUGGUCUGGUGGUAAGGAACAAAUGUUACAAGCAAAUGAUUUCAAAGGCUGUAAACUGCAUGAACUUAAGGCCAUGAAGAGGAAACAUGAAGCGUUUGAGAGCGAUUUGGCGGCUCAUCAAGACCGUGUAGAACAGAUUGCUGCCAUUGCCCAGGAACUCAAUGACUUAGAUUAUCAUGAUAUUGGUUCCGUAAAUACACGUUGUCAGAAAAUUUGUGACCAGUGGGACGUCUUGGGUACACUGACACAGAAAAGGAGAAGUGCCUUGGAUGAAGCAGAAGCUAUAUUGGACAGAAUUGAUCACCUGCAUCUGGAGUUUGCAAAGAGAGCAGCACCAUUCAAUAACUGGAUGGAUGGUGCAAGAGAAGAUCUUCAAGAUAUGUUUAUUGUGCAUACAGUGGAAGAGAUUAUGGGAUUGUUGGAUUCUCACGAACAGUUCAAGAUGACAUUGGGUGAAGCUGAUAAGGAAUUCAACGCUAUUGUACAGCUUGUCAAUGAAGUACAGCGUAUUGGUGCACAAUACAAUGUCCCUAAUGCCAACAAUAAUCCCUACACUACACUAGUUUCAAAGGAUAUAACCACAAAGUGGGCUGAUGUUAAGAAAUUAGUACCACAGAGAGACAAAUCUUUACAAGAUGAAUUAGCUAAACAACAAGCAAAUGAACGUUUAAGGCGCCAGUUUGCACAGAAAGCAAAUAUUGUUGGGCCGUGGAUCGAAAGACAAAUGGAAGCUAUUGCAACAAUUGGAACUCAGAUGACAGGAACAUUGGAGGAUCAAUUACGUAAAUUACGACAAUAUGAACAGGCUGUAACACAGUAUAAACCAAAUAUGGAUGAAUUAGAAACAUAUAACCAAGCAUGUCAAGAAGCGUAUAUCUUUGAAAACAGACAUACUCAGUACACUAUGGAGACUAUUCGUGUUGGAUGGGAGCAGCUAAUGACUGCAAUUUCUAGAAACAUCAACGAAGUAGAGAACCAGAUUCUUACUAGAGAUGCUAAGGGUAUCACUGAAGAACAGUUGUCUGACUUCCGUGCUUCCUUUAACCACUUUGAUAAGAAACGUACACUGCAGCUUGAGCCCCGUGACUUCCGUGCUUGUCUCGUAAGCUUAGGUUAUAACAUUCGUGAAGAUAAGAUCGGUGAUCAGGAAUUUUCACGAAUUAUGUGCAUAGUGGAUCCAAACAAUACAGGCUACGUGACCUUCCAAGCAUUUGUUGAUUUCAUGACCAGAGAGAUGACUGACUCAGAUACAGCUGAUCAAGUGAUGGCUUCAUUUAAAGUGUUGGCAGGUGGCAAGCCCUGCAUAACAGCUGAAGAAUUGCGUCGUGAAUUGCCACCAGACCAGGCUGAAUACUGUAUUGCUAGAAUGGCACCAUACCGUGGCCAUGAUGCUGUACCAGGAGCGUUGGAUUAUUUGUCCUUCUCAGCGUCUCUCUAUGGAGAGUCAGAUCUUUAAAAAUGAACAUAGAGGUUUUCAAAUCUUUGCCAGUAGCAGUUAGUCAAAGUUAACACACAGUCAGUAUAGUUAGUCUCAGGCAGAACAAGUCCAGAAUGUCCACCAUAUUGAUGUGGAUCAUUGCUUCCGUACAAACUCCCUAUCACAUCCCCGCCCACAAACUAAUCUGUUGUUGUCUUGACAAAAUUAUCUAACUUGCUGUGGUGUUUAAAAGACAAAAAAAAAAUGUAUUUUUGUGAGAAUUUAUAAUGAAAAUUGUAUUCUUUUUAUGAUAACUGGUUUGCUCCAGUUUAUGUAAAGAACAAACUUUCCAGAAUGAUUUGAUAACGAUGUCACUCAAUCCCACACACUUUGCUCAGACACAUUUUGAGGCUGCGACUGGAAUUUCUUCUUUAAAAUCUUCCCACCAUAACUUGUUAUUAGAUAUUUGAACAAAACCAAUAGAAUUAGCCAAAUGUGUGAUCAAAACAGAAGUGUGGAUUUGAUAGUCUAAAGCUACAUUCCCUACCUGACCACUCCCCCUGUGCAACUGAGUGUACUAAAGCAGAGCAUUGAAAAGUGGACUGUAGGAUUGUGAAAUAGGGGUGGCUGGCAUAUAUGCAAGAAAGAAAGCAAAGAGAUCAAUGGCAUUUAUCUACUUAUUUUUCUGUGUAAACUAAAACCCACCAUUGCGUCAAGUGAAGUGAGUUUACUUUCAUUUUCUUGCUGAGUAAAGAUCGGUGUUUGUACUUAAAUACUUGAUAUUUUUUUUUUUUUUUCUAGAAAUGAUGCCAUUGAAAUGAGUGUUUUGGAAUGUUUUGUAUUUUAAAGUGAAAGAAGUGAGGCUGGGAGGGGGAAAGCUUUAUAACUAAUUCUUUCCUUUAAAUAAUAUUUCAUCUGUAAUGAUGCUGUUUAAAUCUAAUAAAUAUAAUAACAUCAAAUGUGAAAAUUUAAGCACAUCGUUGCCCCUAAUUAAACCCUUCCUACCCAUUAAAAAUGGUAAAGUCUAUAAUAAUAAUAGACUGAGCCAACCAUUUUAAUUCAGAAAGAAUUCAGCAUUAUCAACCAUAUUUUAUACAAUUUACAAAAAAAAAAACACAAAAAAAACCAGCUUUUGUGGAUUUUCUUUUCUGCAAACAAUCUUUCUACUGUCAUGGCAACUUUAGAAGCCGAACUUUUAAUCUCCAAUCCAAUGUGUAUACUAAUUUUUAGGCUUAAAUUUCAUGUUAUUUAAUUAAAUAGAAUUGUUAGUUUGUAGUUGAAAAGCUCCAUUUAGUAGAGCUUAUUAUUUAGUAACUAGUUGAUAGAAAUAACCCAUCAAUUGAAAUAUACGAUGCAAUUUGAAUGCAGGAGUGUGAUUGGCUAAUUUACUUGAUGCCAGUUCAUCUGGUGGUUUGCUUGGAAGUUUUGCAUGAGAGUAUUUUAUUUUGGUGCUUUUGUGUGAAGUUAAUUAUUUUGGUUUUACAAACUGCAAAAUGUAAGAAAAAAAAGAUAAAUAUUUAAAACUGCUCACUGUGCCUGACUGGCAGAUGUCUGCUUAAUAGUCUGCUUUUUAUGUUCAGCUAUACAAGACAGCUUCAUUAUAAACUGGAUUUGAUAGAAUUUUAAGUUGCUCUAAAUUUUUGAUAUACGUUUAAAGUAAAUAUUUUUUAAUUUCAGUUUUUGGAUUGCAUAUGUACAAGCUAUGCUUUUGAUUUAUAGCUUCCCUAGUUUGUUGGAAAACCUAAAUUACCCAAAAUUCACUUGAUUGCACAUUUAACUUCAACUAAUCCCCAUAAAGCAUUUCUUCAUUGUCUUGAAAUCUGUCCAUGUCUGACAUGACUGACAAAAUGUGGAAAUGCAUCAUGGGAAUAUGGUUGUUUUUAAAAGAAUAGUUUAUUUUUCAGCUACUGUAUAUUCAGGCAUACCUAGAUAUUAAUAAUUUAUACUUUUUUUUUUAAAAAACCUUGUAUUGUCCUGCCUGUAUACUCCAAAUAGGCAGUAAAUGAUUAUAUCAGUUCAAGGACAGAAAUUUGCUACCAGAUGCAUGUUUGUUUCUUGAAUAAACAAAAUAGCAUUUUUGUUGUUAAUCAUCAUGAUGAUCAUUGAAUUUAUGCAGUAUUCGUCUAUUAGCAGAGAUGGAACUUAGUGUUCAAGCUUCCUCACCUGUACUUGACAUGAUUAAUAAAACAUUUGACAAGACUUGCCA